AGAACCGACACUGACAUAAAACGAGAGACAGCCAGCUCCAGAGCUGAAAGCAGCAGACGAGGGAAGAGCAGACACCUGCCAAGAACUGGUUUUCUUCUUCAAGACUGAUUGUCUCUGUCUGGCCUAUCCUUGGAGAUUUCUGGCCCAGGUUAUUUGUCUUGGUUUUCAGAUCCCCUCUGGCUUUCCUGCUCGUCAGAUAAAGAUAUUUUCUUCUCUUUGGACAAGGCUCCUGAAAGAGCAAAGGUCCCACCCGUGUAGGCAGGAAGAGCCAGACCUUCCUCUGACUGUUUUACCUUUUUAUCAGGCUCCUGUUUUCACCAUGGCUGCUGUGCGUCAGAUGCCAACAGAGACCUCUGGCUUCCACGUCCUCUCAGCCCACCUGAUGGCCGCUGCUACUGAGGAGUUCCCCCAGCAGCUCCCCGUACCCAAGAGCCCCGCAAAGGGCAAAAGUCGCUCCCGCCGACCUCGGGAGGCCCGCUUCAAAACCCAGCCUGUCACUUUUGCUGAGAUUGCAGAGGUAGAAGAAGAAGGCUCUUCUCCCAUGGAAGAAGAGAGGGCACGCCGCUCUUUCCUGCAGUCCUUGGAGAAUCUGCGGAGGAGCACACAGACCCUCUACAGCCCGGCAGCUACCAAUCGCACCCCUACGCCCACACAGGUCAGCCUGGACUCCAGUGACUCCGACUCCACCCACUGAGGUCCUCUGCGCCCCUGUCUUCUGUUUCUAAUAUUCCUUUAUGGGACUUCAGAUGGAGGUCAACUACACAGAACCAAACUGGCCUACCUACAGUCCUGCCUUUAAGUUUAAGCUACUGCUGCCAUGCAAAGUCUGCAUUUAGUUCACUAACAUGUCAGCACGCUGCUUGAGGAUGCACAUGGUACCUGUCUGUAAAGACCUGCACCACAGGCUGGUUUAACAGCUUUACAGAUGUCGUGCGUAGAGGUAGCAAAUAAUGCCGUGCUCGGCGUCGUGUCUUUAAACGAUUUCCUUUUCUACUGUAGUUGUUGAUAUAAACUAUGAAAGAUAUUUUUCCAUGUUGAAGCUGUUUCUGUCUAGACUUUUCUACCUGACCAAGGAUCACAGAUAGGAUGGUUCAAAGUGUUAAUGUUGUGACUGAAUGGUCUGUAAAUAUACUGACAAAGCAAAAUGUACUGCAGCUAAAAGUUACCUGACUGUGCCUGAAGCUUUAGAGGACCAAUAUGGAGCUUGUCUCUAGGAUUUUGUUUUCCUGCUUCACGGUCAGUGGAGUGGGGGUUGCUACUUCUGUUUCUGAGCAGAAAUUACCUUUUUUGGAAAUUGAUUUAUUUAUCUUUUUUUGUAGCAUAACCAAGUAAAACUCUAGUCUCCUGCCUCAAGUUCUCCUGUCUAUGACCUCUUUUCAUACAAAGGAUGACCUUUAUAUUUUGGGAUUCUAUUACUUUGUAUGUGUUUAUAUACAUAUUUGUUUAUGUACUACAAUAAAUAUU